AUGGCGCAGGGGGAGCCUGAGCCGGUGCUGGCGGUGCACGGCGAGGAGGAAGAGAAGAAGGAGGGUGGGGAAGGGCCGGAGCUGGCCCCGGCGGCUGGCGGUGUCGGGCUGCAGGAGAACGUGCAGGGCCUGAAGCAAGAGUUGUUCCAAGAUGAUGAUGAUGACAGCUGCAGUGAUUAUGGGAGUCGUGACAAAUCAGGGACCAUUUUAGGAAGGAUUGUGCCAGAUGGGAAUGUGCUUUUCCCAGACACGUUCCAAACAAAUCAUCUUUUGUUUUAUGAGCGAUUUAAAGCCUAUCAGGAUUACAUCUUGGCUGACUGCAAGGCCUCUGAGGUAAAAGAAUUCACAGCUGAGUACUUAGAGAAGGUCCUUGAACCAUCUGGAUGGCAAGCAAUCUGGCGCACUAAUGUGUUUGAGGUGCUGGUCGAGGUUGUGGAUGUGGAGUACUCCACUCUGAAAGCAGUGGUUCGGCUCAGUGAACCUUUCCUGUGUGACUCCCAUGUUAGCACCUUUACCUUGGAGUGCAUGCAAGAGCUCUUGGAGCUGAAGAAGCAUCAGUUACCAGUGCAGGAGCUGUGGGUUGUGUUUGAUGAAUCUGGAGAGUUUGACCAGACAGCCCUGGCCAUAGAGCAUGUCAGGUUUUUCUACCAGCACAUCUGGAGGAGUUGGGAUGAAGAGGACGAGGAUGACUUCGAUUAUUUUGUCAGAUGUGUUGAACCUCGACUGAGACUGCAUUAUGACAUACUUGAGGAUCGUGUCCCUUCUGGACUCAUUGCUGAUUAUCACAAUCUGCUGUCUCAAUGUGAGGCGCUCUACAGAAAGUUCAUAAACCUGAGGAGCGGCAUAUCAAGCAGUGACUCUGACUCCGAGGCAGAAAAUGUCUCCAUGGUGGAAGGCUUAAAGCUGUAUGAUGAGAUAGAGCAUCUGAAGCAAAAGCUAAAGCUCAUUGAGAAUCCUCUCUUGAGGUAUGUAUUUGGUUACCAGAAGCACACUGGUCUCCAAGCCAAAGGCUCCCGUCCAAUGGGUACGAAGAUCACUCAUGUUGUAUCUUCUACUAUAAUGGCAAGUCUGUUGCAGUCUCUGCUCAGGGAGAAGCUUUGUCCUGAGACCUGUGAUGAAGAACUAGAAAUACAGUUCCACAGUGAUCCACUGACAGCUGUCAGUGCCUGCUAUGAAGGAGAUACUGUCAUCAUCUGUCCUGGCCAUUAUGUUGUAGAUGGCAUGUUCUGCAUUGCUGACUCAAUUGAACUAGAAGGGUAUGGCCUGCCAGAUGAUGUUGUGAUAGAAAAGAGGGGCAAAGGAGACAACUUUGUUGACUGUACAGGGGCGAAUAUAAGAAUCUCCAGUUUGAAGCUGGUUCAGCAUGAUGCAGUAGAGGGGAUCUUAAGUGUUCACCAUGGGAAAACCACACUGGAGAACUGUGUGCUACAGUGUGAAACUACAGGUGUUACAGUGCGGACAUCAGCAGAGCUAUUAAUGAAGAACUCUGAUCUGUAUGGUGCUAAGGGUGCUGGUGUUGAAAUAUAUCCGGGUAGCACAUGUACCCUGCUGGGCAAUGGCAUACACCACUGCAAGGAGGGAAUCCUCAUAAAAGAUUUCUUAGAUGACCAUUAUGACAGUCCCAAGAUAACCAUGGUGAACAAUGUGAUCCAUAAUAAUGAAGGGUAUGGAGUCGUCCUGGUUAAACCUACAGUUUCCUCUGAUGUAAAAGACAUUGCUGCCAAAAAUUCAGAAGGAAAUAUACAGACUAUCCAGUCAAAUGGCGAGACAGACAAUGUAGAAGAUUUGGGACAUGAAGAGCUACAUGAAUGUGCAACUGAUGACUUGGAGCUCCAUGAGAGAGCUGAGAUUUCUGAACAAACUGAAGGCAAUUAUGAAAUUGCAAAUGAACUUGUUGCUACCUCUGUAAAGAAGAGCCAGAUGCACAAGAAAAGGCUGAGUGAACUGGGAAUCACGGAGGCUGAUGACAACUUAAUGUCUCAGGAAAUGUUUGUUUCUAUCGUGGGCAAUCAGUUCAAACGAAAUGGGAAAGGAAGUUUUGGCACGUUCCUCUUUUGA